AUGGCGCCAACAACAACUGAGCUUGAAGAAGCUCUGAUCACCGGCACACACCAGGUUUUCACCGCUGAGCCUGAUGCGACGACAGUUAAUAAAGUUCGAAAACAUGUCGAAGAAUCCAUGGACCUAGAGGAUGGCUUCUUUUCGAGCGGAGAUUGGAAACAAAAAAGUAAAGCCCUUAUUAAAGAAUAUGUUGACAAGUUACUAGAGGGCUGGGUGCCGGAAUCAAAACAAGAAACGCAAUCAAAGAAUGGCACCAAACGACAAGCUUCUGAAGACGCUCCCUCCCCACCGAAACGACAGAAACAAACAUCCCAGAACGGCAAGCCUACGAAGCACGACAGGAAGUCCCAGGGCAGUGAUGACGAAACAGACCAGAAAUCAAGUAAAGCAUCGUCGCGUCGUAAGUCUAGCACCGUUGACGAUUUGGACAAAGAAAUGGGCGAAGAGUCUCCACAACACAAGAAGCAGAAAGAUGGAAAUAAGGGCGCAGCUCCCAAGGCGCAAAAGAAAUCACCAUCUAUAGACGAAGGCGAUGAUUCUGGCGACGAUGCCAUGUCUUCGAUCAAGGUCGAACUUUCAAAUCCGGCUGUGGACGAAGAAGAAGAUUACUCAGAUGUCAUUGAUGAGGCACCGAAACCAAAACGAAAGAAGAAGGAGCGCAAAGACUCGUCUGCUAAACCGUCCAAACCCAAAGUUAAGAAGACGACCGAGUCAACACCAGAUGACCCCAACGAGGCGGAAAUCAAGAGACUUCAAUCCCAAUUAGUCAAAUGUGGAAUCAGAAAAUUAUGGCACAAUGAGCUCAAGAAAUAUGGGGAUGACGCGAGAGCCAAAAUCCGGCACCUCAAGAAAAUGCUGGCGGAUAUAGGGAUGGACGGUCGUUUCUCGGAGGCAAAGGCGCGCGAGAUUAGAGAAACAAGGGAACUCCUGGCUGAGGCUGAGGCCGCACAAGAGAUGAACGCCCUGUGGGGGAUGGACGCAGGCGGUCGUGCGAGUCGGAGUAAAAAUAAGUCUUUGAAACUCGAGGAAAGCGAAGGCAGUGAGGUCGAAGACGCUGGUCAAGUCAAAGCCGACGAAGACGACGAUGACGAUGACGAAGCCACUUCAUUUGCGGCUAGGCGCAGGCGCGCUCAAGCCGACCUGGCGUUCCUUGGAGAUGAUAGCGAAUCAGAUUGA